CGCCGCUGAUUACGUGCUGCCGCGGUGGCUGAGGCGGUUCCGCUGGCCGCUGUGUACGCGACGAGCGAGUCCUGGUGCGGCCAAGUCGGCUCCUGCGGCGCCCGAGAGCCCGGCCCCGACCCCCGCCGCGGCCCGGCCGCCGCCUGAACAUGGACUCCGCAGGCCAAGAUAUCAACCUGAAUUCCCCUAACAAAGGUCUGCUGUCCGACUCCAUGACAGAUGUCCCUGUCGACACAGCGGUGGCCGCCCAGACUCCUGCUGUUGAGGGUCUGACGGAGGCUGAGGAGGAGGAGCUUAGGGCCGAGCUCGCAAAGGUGGAAGAGGAAAUCGUCACUCUGCGCCAGGUCCUGGCAGCCAAGGAGAGGCACUGUGGCGAGCUGCGGAGGAAGCUGGGCCUCUCUGCCUUGGAGGGCCUGAAGCAGAACCUGUCCAGGAGCUGGCGUGACGUGCAGGUCUCCACCGCCUAUAUGAAAACCUCUGAGAAACUUGGAGAGUGGAAUGAGAAAGUGACCCAGUCAGACCUCUACAAGAAGACUCAGGAAACUUUCUCUCAGGCGGGACAGAAGACAUCGGCUGCCCUGUGCACAGUGGGCUCUGCCAUCAGCAGGAAGCUCGGAGAUAUGAGGAACUGGGGUGCGCCGCCGACCUGUGGCGAGCAGCCUUGGGUCAUGUGCCCGGCCUCACUGUGCCUGUCGUUCGUCACAUUUGCACUCGUGCUUCCAAGGACAAGAACCAGGUCGUACAUAGACAAGGUGCCCAGACGCCUGGCCGGUUUGCCGGUGCACCCCACCAUGGGGCUCCUUAGUUUUGCUCUGCUAUGUUUUCGGGGAUGUGGUGAACCCUGACAUCUUAGGGUCUGUGAUGUGUCCAUCAUCGCCUCACCCCGUGGUCUCAGGUUGAGCUGAGGUUGAGAAUUCACCACUUCUUGAGAAUGAAAAUGAGGUGCAGGGAGGUUUAUGAUACUGAGGUGUUUGCGCUGCAUCACUGGGCUCUGGAGGGCUGUCCAAGGGCAGCCUUGGUCUGGGAAGCUGGUCACAUGCCCUGGGGCCUGAGGUGGCAGGUUGGGCCUGGGAAUUGGAUUUGGGUUAAAGUAGGGAUCUCUGUCUAGCAUGGUGACCCUUGAAGAGGCACCUGCCUUCUCCCACCAGGAGAUGGCAGGGCCUGCUGGCCACCCAGGAGCCCAUGUAAUUGAGCCCGUGUUGCUCCUAAAUGACGUCCAUGUUGGGGGAGCCUCCAGAAGCCUGGCUGGGUGGUAGAGAACGUGGCUAUAUUGCCCCCGGACACACGAGUUUCUAGGUUGGCCUCUGCCAGCUGUAGCGUGGAGCCGGAGCGAAGGGUGCUGAGCCCGGGGGUGUCCGGGCCCGUCGCAGCAUGCACCUGUGCGCCCUGGUCCAGCCAAUGCCCUGUGGAGAGUGCGGCCUGCCCUGCUGAUGUGGGGCUGGGCCAGGCCGACCCGGCUUCCGGAUGCUGGCACACGCGGACCCUGCGAGUCGUGCCGCCUGCCUCCACACACCUCAGGCCUUUGUGCUGCUCCUCUCCUGGGGCUUCUGUCCUCUAAUGCCACACAGGGUCGUGGACACACAGGUGCCUCAUAUGUGAUGCUGGUGGGACCCUGGAGGGGCCAGUCGUGUGUGUGUGUGUGUGUGUGAGAAGGAGCAGCCACCUCGCAACCGAGUUUUGGCUUGGGGAGAGCAUGUCCUGCUCCCCUUGGUGGUUUGAGGCCUGAGGGUGGUCACAGGGGCCCCUGCGUGGCCUUUUGGAGCUUGGGUGAGGGGCUGGGCGGGCACUGCCUUCCCAUUCCUAACGCUGCGUUUCUUCUCCUCCUGCUGCUGCC